GCGUGUGUGUAUGCGUGCGUGUGCGCGCGCUUGUGUGCGCGUGUGUGCGCGCAGGUGCGUGCGCGUGCGGAUAGCCCUCUUGUCGUGGUCGUGUGCAGCGCCCGUCUCGGCGGCUGUGUCCGCAGGCGGCGGCCGCGGGUGUUCGCGGUGCCCCGCGCGGGCCGCGAGCGCUGCGACACGGCGGCGGGCGCGCUGCUCGACAUCACCCCGCUGGCCGUGGAGGGCCGCCACGUGCUCACGCUCUACGACAAGGACCUCACCGACGGACUCAACCUGCUCAUCGUGACGUCAGAGCUGUGGGGCGGCCACUGCGUGCAGCUGCGCGUCCUCGUCAAGUCGGACAACUGCGGUGACGGCCAGGACUGCUCCGGCAAGGGCGUCUGCUUCUCCAACACGUCCAUGGAGGGCUACGAGUGCCAGUGCUGCCCGGGCUUCGUGGGGCCGCACUGCGAGGAGCGCGACGCCUGCUUCCCGUCGCCCUGCCGCAACCACGGCAUCUGCGUCGACCUCUCGCAGGGCCACGAGGGCGCCACCUACCAGUGCCUCUGCCCCUACGGUGAGUACUGA